AUGACCGAUAUACCCUUGUCUGCAGUGGCUUGGCUCAGCGUAGUGCUGAUACAAGCUGUAGUUCACUUCUUUGUCCUGGGCCACCGCCGAAAUAGACGCGAACCCAAUGAUGCACUGCCUUUGGACGAGAGUUUGAGCCUGGCCGAAACUCUGAGCCUUUCAGACGCUUUGGAUGAUUCUGCCUCGGUAACUGCUUCGGUUCACUCCUGUCCAGACAACAGUUACCAAGUACCCCUCUCGCCAAUGUACGAAACAUCAUCCCAACAGUUCUUAGCCGAACAUGGGGGCGAAAUCAAUAUCACGUUGCUCGGCAAAACGCUAAUUAGCGAGCGGGUACAUGAUGACAAUGAGACAAGCCAAGAGUUUAUUGAUUUUCUCAACCACACGGGCACUGAGCUGCUAAAGACGCGCUCAGUAGAAUGUUUGGUAGAAGAACAAAUGAGAGCACAGUGA